CGAAAAUGCCCUGGUACAACUUCUGGAAGCACUGGCGAAAGCCCGCAACCCGAACUAACGCAAUGCUGCACUACUUCUACUGCAGAAGCAAGAACUUCUCACAAAGCGUGGGGCGGCACCUGCACCAAUGGGGGGACGGUAUCCACCGUCUCUGGUUCGUGUUCUGGUUGGGCGUGUGCCCGGAGAGGAUCAAGACGACGAUCUACACGAUUCCGACAAAGUCGACGACGACGACCACGCCGUGGCCGCGCGGGCGCUCGCGCAAGAACCCGCUGCUCGUCGGCACGGACGAGUGGGACUGGACGCACCCCGUCACCAAGCCGCCAGCCACCACUAAGUCCACCACCCGCUGCGCGCCGGUCAUGAGUCGCCCGAAACUACACAAUCCCCUUUUAUAUUUCAAGCCUUAG